UCAGUGUCAGACUGUCAGUGUCACUCUUACUACUGUCACUGUCAGUAAUUUUUCCGCAGAUUUUCCGCUUUUACUAUAACUUCCGCGUUUUCAGCACUAACUCGAAUACUUUUAGUGAAAUGUACGUCUUUGACAUUUGAUUUGACAAUUGCGACUUUCAAAUGACAUAAUCAAAAUAGACCACAAGACAGAGAAUAAUUUUAAACGAUAAAUUAGUGAAAAUGCUGCUUUAGUGACUUACUGGUCCACGAUGAGAACCCGUAGUAAUUCUGGAGUUCGUCUGGACUAUUACCAAAGGAUAGUGCAUAAGUUGAUUUUGGAUCAUCAACAGCCAGUUACUGGAUUGUUUCCUGCAAGCCCAGACAAUGAUCAUGCCUGGAUUAGAGACAAUUUGUACUGUAUAUUGGCGGUAUGGGGCCUGUCUAUGGCCUUCAAAAAGAUUGCAGAUCAAGAUGAAGACCGUGCCAAAACAUAUGAGCUAGAACAAAGCUGUGUUAAGUUGAUGAGAGGUCUUUUAAUGGCCAUGAUGCAACAAAAAGACAAAGUUGAGAAAUUCAAAAGUACUCAACACCCUUUAGACUCAUUGCAUGCCAAGUAUUCAUCCACUACUGGCCGCAGUGUGGUCAAAGACAAUGAGUGGGGUCACUUGCAGGUUGAUGCCAUCUCCCUCUACCUUUUGAUUCUGGCCCAGAUGACAGCAUCAGGUCUGCAAAUUGUGUUUUCAUUGGAUGAAGUAGCUUUUAUUCAGAACCUAGUGUUUUAUAUUGAGUCAGCUUAUUGCACUCCUGACUAUGGUAUCUGGGAGAGAGGUGAUAAAACAAACCAUGGGCUGCCAGAAUUGAAUGCCAGCUCCAUUGGCAUGGCGAAAGCUGCUCUUGAGGCUAUGAAUGAGCUAGACCUCUUUGGAGCCCGAGGUGGCCCCUCCAGUGUCAUUCAUGUACUGGCUGAUGAAGCUCAGAAAUGCCAAGCUGUAUUGCAAUCCAUGUUGCCCAGAGAAUCAAAUAGUAAAGAGUUGGAUUCUGGAUUGCUUUCCAUUAUAAGCUAUCCAGCAUUUGCUGUUGACGACCCACAGUUAAUAACAAAAACUAGAGAGACCAUAGUCAAUAAACUACAAGGAAAAUAUGGGUGUAAAAGAUUUCUCAGAGAUGGACACAAGACACCAAGAGAAGAUCCUAAUAGAUUGUAUUAUGAGCCCUGGGAGCUGAGAAUGUUUGAGAAUAUAGAAUGUGAAUGGCCUCUAUUCUUCUGCUACUUGAUAUUGGAUUAUUGCUUCCAAGGAGAGAAACAAAAUAUAUCAGAUUAUAUGCAGAAGUUAGAAAAUAUAAUGAUAAGGAAAGGGGAUGAUGGGAUAAAGCUGGUGCCAGAGCUUUAUGCGGUGCCGGCAGAGAAGGCUAAUCUGGAACUGUGCCAACCCGGGAGCCAGGAGCGUAUACCGCUGGGCCGCUGUCCUUUUAUUUGGGGUCAGUCUUUAUAUAUUUUGGGAAAGCUCUUGCAAGAGGGUUUCCUAGCUGUCGGAGAACUGGACCCACUGAACAGAAGACUGUGUUCAGAGAAGAAGCCCGACGUAGUAGUUCAGAUCGUUAUCUUAGCUGAGGACAAUGAGAUUCGGGACAAGUUGAUCGAGUAUGAUCUGCACGUACAGACGAUAGCUGAGGUUGCGCCUAUUGAAGUACAACCAGCUAGAGUGCUAAGUCAUCUUUACACAUAUUUAGGUAGAAAUAAAAAACUUGGACUGUCCGGAAGAAAAUCCCGAGAUGUUGGUAUACUCAGUACAAGCAAGUUGUACUCGUUGAAUGAUAGGAUAUUCGCCUUUACACCACAGUUUUCUGACAUGAAACGAUUCUACAUUGCUUCCGAUUAUGAGCUGAUGGUUGACACACUCAAAGCAGAAAUUAACUUCCUGAAGUCUUCUUGGCAAAAUCUCCUUGGUCGACCACUUGUUGUUUUGACUUUGAAUCAAACAUAUUUAGACCAAGGUAGAAUCCCUAUGGCCAUGAUUACAACCAUGAAGAAGUUGAAGUCAGGGUAUAUUAAUGGUACCCGAGUGACUUUGGGAAAUCUGGGAGACUUUUUAAGUACUUCUGCGAUCACCAAUUUGAGUUUCUUGGGAAGUCAAGAAGACGGUUAUCCAGACAAACUCAACCCACAAGUGCAGAGCUACUUGGAAGAGCACCUAAUCAAGUCCUUCAGCACCAAGUUGAGCUUCCUUUCGCGACCAGCAGGCGCGAAUAACCCGCGAAUGCUGAAGCGACGCAUGUCAGUGCGUGGGGCCAUCAAGAAGACGCGCUCCAUCAACGUGGACUCGGAGACACUCGGCAUGGAGGGGGAGAACGUGGGCCCGCAGCUUGAGAGAAAGUCAUCUUGGCUCGAGGUGGAUCCGCACUACGGCCGCAGCCCAUCGCCUGACGACGCCAGGAGGAAAUCUAUCACCAAGGGCACGUCUACUACUGGAUUAGGCGUUGGCUCGAUCACACCAACGGAAGUCGUCAAAGAAAAAUUACCCACUCCACCCAAAGAACAAGGACCCAUAAACAAGAACAUCCCGGUGAUCGUCCGCAACCGUACCGCAUCGGAGUCGCAGGGCGUGUCGUACGCGGAGCAGGAGACCGACGAGCUGCUGGCGAUGCUCCGCGAGACCGAGAGCCUGGACGAGCAGGGCGACAUCCUGCAGUACUUGGUCGACACGCACGGGCUCGACUUCAACUCCGGCAUGACAGAAAAUGGCAAAGCAGUAACAGUGAAAGACCUCCUCAAAGCCCUCUACGAAAAGGCAUGCACGCAGAAGCUAUGGGGCCUCGUGCGACACACAGCCGGCAUGCUUGGCAAGAGGGUUGAAGAUCUGGCCAAGGCAGUAACUGAUCUGCUGGUGCGGCAGAAACAGAUCACCGUCGGCAUGCCGCCAAAUAAUGAGCACACUAUCACUGCUCCACUGCCUGAGAACGAGCUGAGACAGCUGAUACACUUGACAUUUCGCAAUGAGAAGAAUGAUCACGAACACAAGAAGGCAUACGGCGACGACGAGAGUACAGCGAUGCUGACACAAGAACUCCUUGUCUACUUAGCCAUGUUUAUAAGGACCGAGCCGCAACUGUUUCUGGAGAUGCUUAGACUGCGCGUCGGAUUGAUUAUCCAGGUGAUGGCCACAGAACUAUCCAGAACGUUAUCGUGCGACGGCGAGGAGGCCUCGGAGCACCUUCUCAACCUGUCUCCGUUCGAAAUGAAGAACUUGCUGUACCAUAUUUUGAGCGGAAAGGAGUUUGCCAUCAAUAGUGCAAAUUCUCUGUGUGUAAUAAAGGAGAAGUUCGCUAAGAGUAAAGUGGGUCGUGGAAACUUCUCAAUCGUGAGCAACAAGUCGCACCGGUACGGCAAGAAAUCGCAGAUAAUCUUGGAGUCGGGACAAUCGCUGCAGGGCAACAUUGAGGACAUCGCGCCGAUAGCGGAGCCGGACCGCCAGGGGCAGUGGCUGCGCCGGCGCCGGCUGGACGGCGCGCUCAACCGCGUGCCCAGUGACUUCUAUCAACGAGUGUGGGGAGUGCUCGAAAAGUGUCAAGGUCUCAUCAUCCAAGGCAAAGUGCUGCAACCGAAUCUGACCCAAGAAAUGACGUCCGGCGAAUUAAAGUUCGCGCUCGCCGUAGAAACGGUGCUGAACUCCAUACCCCAGCCGGAGUACCGUCAACUCGUGGUGGAAGCGCUUAUGGUGUUGACCCUCGUGGUGGAGUAUAAGGCGGUGGGGCACCUGGGCGGGCCCAUUACGGUGGAGCAUCUGGUGCACAAGGCUAAUCAGAUAUUUUUGGAAGACCAGAUGCGAUGCAACGGCGACGCGACCCUCUGCUGCGCGAAGUCGGACGGCGGGUGCUUGGGCGGCGCGCUGCUGUGCGGCGGCGCGGCGGGCGUGUGCCAGCACCUGUACGACUCGGCGCCCAGCGGCUCCUACGGCACCAUGACCUACCUGGCGCGCGCCGUCGCCGCGCUGCUGGCCGACCGCCUGCCGAGGGACGAGCCUGUCGAGUGCGCCAUUACAUAGGCGAUGUCAGUAUAACCAACACUGUAUUCGACGCCCACUACACCUUCAAAUGCGAUGCGACACUCUUCUGCGCGAAAGCUGAGAGCGACGGGCAUGUGCCAGCAUCUGUACAGCAUCAUAACCAAUCUGGCACGUGGCACGCGCCGUCGCCGCGCUACUCACUGACCGCCUGUCGAGUGCGCCAUUACGGCUCAGCCACGACAUUGGUCUAAGCGCGACAGAGGUGAGCGGCGCCCAUACAUUGGAGCGAGACACAGCGAUGGGAAUUUUCAUUCGCACGUAUGGCUGCCGCUCACCGCUGUCGCGCUUAGACCGAUGUCGUGGCUGGGCCGUUAUAUAGUUGAUGUAGGUACUGCCUGUCGCGGGACUGUCGAGUGCGCCAUUAUAUACAUAAGCGAUGCCGACCGCGUGCCGCAAGUCGCGUUUGUCGAGUGUGCCAACCGAUCGUUGAGCGAUCUGCAAAUAUCUCAUGAAAUGCUUUAUAUUGUAUCGUAGCCACCUUGAUCGAAUAUGUGAAGGACGAGAAUAUAGGUAACUACUUGUCACAUCUCGUGCUCGUAAAUUGACAUUUAAGCGUUUCAACUAUGGAGUUUAGAAACUUCUACACUCCAUAAUGUUGUUAUUCUUAUUAUGUAGAACUCCUAGAACAUAAAUUAAUAUCCUUAUUGUCCUAACAAUAAAGUUCAAAACAUGUGGUGCAAUUGCAAUAUUACUAAAUAAUAAAUUGCUAUGCUGAACGCUAUUAGUGGCAACACAAUUUUUAACAUUAGGUAUAAAUGCUUAAGUUUCUCCCUACAACUCUUAUGUUUUAUAUUUAAAAAGAAAUCUUACAAGUUUAAGAUUUUUUGUUGCCAUAAGCUAAAUCCAGAAAAAGAGAAUCAAAAUCCUAUUACAGAUAACAUAUUCCCAACUCAUUUAUUGAAUAUAUUUUUGUAAGAAUGUUUUAUUUACAUUGUCUUAU